UACUAGUGACGUAGAUCACAUCGGAAGUUCGCCCCGUCGUCGAUGAGCAUGAACUGAGAUGAGCAUGUUGUAAAUUCCAGAAAUAUUUCUCCCAUUCCACUGUCUAACGUACCUGGAAGUAGUAAUAUCAUUAUCGACGACUGCAUAUUUAAUCAUACACAGGAGGGAGAUUGGUAACUAUGGCUUCGCCGCCAGAAAUGUGCAGCUUUGAUGCAUUCAAAAGAUUUCUUCAUUUAUGCACUGAUGGUGCAGUGUAUAAAGUUAUUGGAAAUUGUUGCACAACAGAAAACACCCCAUUUUUAACAGAGUUGCUCAAUGACCACAAAGGGAAAGAAGUAUUGACAGAGGUUUUAAAAUGUCACACAGAGAAAACUUCGGUGAAAAAAGAUACAUUGCUGUUCACUGUGGCACUAUGUGCAAAAUCUACAGAUAAAGACAUUAAACAACAAGCAUAUCAAACGUUCCUCAAGAUAUGCAACUCCCCAAGGGAAUUAUUUCAGUUUUUAAGUUACCAAAAAAAGUUGACAGAAAAUACUAGAGGAUGGGGUAGAUCCCUAAAACAUGCGGUCAGCCAAUGGUAUAAUCAACAAACACCACUGGAUUUGGCAAAGAGUGUUACACGCCAGAUCAGCUACUGUGGCUGGACCCAUAGGGAUGUAUUACGACUCGGACAUAUAAAAGGGGCUAGUGAAGCUACUUGCCUUAUCUUCAAGUAUCUGGUGAAAGGGAUUGAGGAGGCUAAGAAGGAGUUUGACAAGGAAGGAGCCUCAGAAGAUGUACGGAAGGUCCUGGAUUACCUAGUUACCGUGGAUACCCUCAAACACUCUACAGAUGACCACCAGGUGGCGUGCCUGGUAGAAAAACACAGCUUUGGUUUGGAGAGUAUACCAACCAAACUUCUUAACUCUAAAGAGGUUUGGCGGGCCCUGAUCAAUGUCAUUCCUAUGACAACUCUGCUACAGUACUUCGGUAAAUUGGCAGCUGUUGGGCUGUUGGAAGCGUCAUGUGACACCAGUAAAGUUUUGGUGGAAAAACUACAAGAUGUAGCUCGCCUCAAGGAAGGGAGGGUGGAGCCAUUGUCUGUCCUGCUGGCCUCCAGAAUCUACGAGCAAGGCAAGGGAGGCAAGCCCAGGUGGUCGCGCAAUGAGGAGGUGGUUCGUGGCCUGGACUUAGCCUUUGAUUCCACAAUUAAGAACAAUAUGGAGGCGACCAAAAAGCGCUACCUGGUGGCAGUACGUGUAGGUGUGAGUAAGGGGAAGCUAACAGUACGGGGCACACAAGUCCUCUCAAACAUCAUUGCUGCUGCCGCCAUGACGUCAAUAACCUUAAAGAGCGAGGAGAAGGUUGAUGUUGUCUAUUUCACCCGUAGUGUCACUUCUCUUCCUGUCAGCGCCGAGUCAAAGCUGGCUGACAUCUGUGAUGAACUCGCCACACAAAUCAUCAUUGCAGACAACCUCCCAGAACCAGAAGAAGACAAGCCAAAGAAUGAUGAACCAGUGUUUAGAGGGGCGCCUCCUCCACCAUGUGACAUUGCAGCACCAAUCAAAUGGGCGAGGGAGAACAAGAAGGCUGUGGAUGUAUUCCUGUUCCUGACGGACAAUCGGGAUAAGUCUACAGGAAAGGUCCCACCCCACGAUGCUCUUCUACAGUACAGGAAAGACAUGGACAUGCCCAAUACAAAAAUGGUGACAUGCGGCUUCACCAAUGCCACAAUGAGGGUGGCAGAGCAGGACGACAGAGGGAUGCUGGACAUCGCAGGUUUUGAUUUGACCGUCCCUAACGUGAUACACAAAUUUGUGAUGGACACUUAUUGAUGUGUGAAUACAAUUAAUGUUUAUUUCAUAACCAUAAACCAUGUAGGCUGUCAUUACCAGUUUCGGCAAUGCAUUUGCCAUACCCAGUCCUUAAGUCGUUAUAAAUGAAAAACUGUGUUCAGAAAUGGAUUUUCUUUUAAGAUUAAUGUAAGCAAUAUAGUUAUGCUCAGAGAAACUUCCAUCCAACUUGUUAUUUAAUUCUACUUGUCGGAUAUGAGUCAGUUCAUUUUUGCACCAUGAAUUCAAAUUAUAUUAAAUUUAAAAUGAUUUAUCACGUAUUGAAUGUCACAAAAGAUCUGCUUUGGUAAGGUUAACACAUUGAGAAGUGUGGAUAUUGUAGGAUUUGUUAAGACUAACGUCGUGUGAAAUCUGGGUAGUCAGGGGUUUGUUAAGAUUAGCUGGGUAGGCUGAGGUUUCUCAAGAUUUGCAUCUUGUAAUAGAUAUGUUGGGUUGGAUUGUGUUGGGCAUUAGUAUCAACUAUGUACAUGUGGUACUUGUAAAAUUAAAUAUGGAUUUUCUCUUCUUAUACAUGAUCUCCAGUAAAACACAGUUACCUCGAACAAGUAUGACUUAAAUAACUUGAGCUUAAAUGAGUUGAAUACCUUUUGUAAUUCGGAUCAAGAUGAUUCAAGCACAUUUUCUAAAUCAAACACAAAUGAUCAUUAUACCUUUUCUGGCUUAUCCUAAUGAAAUUCAGUAACCUGUCCAACUUGAACUCAAAUGAGUCAAGUGCUCUUCGACCGAAUAGCUUCAGGUUUGUUUCCCAGACCCUGUGACUUGAUGAGUUAAGUGGGUUUUGCUGUACAUAGAUUUUUGAACUGCCACUUGUUUAGUAUUGUCAUUUCCUUGUGUUGAUGAUGAAGAAUAUACCUAUCCAUCGUUGGAUUGUAUAAGAAAUAGGAUUGUACACCAUUAUACAGUAGUAAUUUGACUGAAUCUCUCCUUUAUAGUGAGUUACACAAAUAUGUUCGGAUGUAACAAGAAGAGAUAACUCUUGAUCUGUGGCAAGAACUGAUGAGUUAUCUCCCCUACAAUACAGGAUAGAUCAAGGUAUAAUUAUUAUAGUAUCGUUAAUAUGGUACCUGCAUACUCUGUGUACUUAAUACAUUGAUUUAAGUUAGUUUUUAAAGAAAAAUGAAGUAUUUUGUAUUUAAUUUCCUAUUGUUAUAAAAGCCCUGUUGAAAAGGACUCAAAUCAAUGGAGACUGAUGUCAACUGUAAAGUCAUAAAAUUUAGUUUGGGGAUUUUUUUUAUUUCAUAUUUUUCAUGGAUUUAGAAAAUAACAAAUAUUUAAAUACAUAAAAUAUC